AUGUCGACUUUACGUAACGCAGUUCAGAGAAGAAAUCACAAAGAACGUGGCCAAACCGCUGGCAGAGAGAAAUUUGGUCUUUUGGAAAAGAAGAAGGACUACCUUUUGCGUGCCAAAGAUUACCAUGGAAAGCAAAACAAGUUGAAGGCAAUGAGAGAGAAGGCAUUGUUUAGAAAUCCUGAUGAAUUUUACUUCAAGAUGGUCAACAGCCAAACCAAGGGUGGUGUGCAUAUUCAAAAGCGUAACGAAGAAUUACCAGAUGAAAUGGUGCAAUUGAUGAAGACACAAGAUAAAGAGUAUAUCAAAUAUCAAAGAGAUCUCAGCAAAAGAAAAUUAGAGAAAUUACAAGCAUCGCUUCACUUUAUAGACGAUGGAAAGAAUUCAGACGAAGAAGAGGACUCUGAAGAGGAAGACGAAAGGCCAGCAAAGAAGAAUAAGUCAAAUCACAUUGUAUUCGUAGACUCUGAAAAACAAGUUCGCAAAUUCAACCCUGCCAAACACCUCGAUACCUUACCCGAAUUAGUGAAUCGUAAAUUCAACAGACCUCGCAUCGAAACACUACGUGAAACAGCCAUCAUUGCACCUCACACUGGUAGAGAAUUAAAGGACAUCAAGAAGGAAAGAGAGCGUCUAUACAAGGAAUUACAAUCUCGCAUGAAGCGUGAAGAGGAAUUAGCAAAAGCAGAAAGAGAAUUAGCGACGCAAAAGGCUCUAAGACAAAAGGGAAGAAAGAAGCAAGUGGGCAAAGACGAGUUUGGAUUACCAGUGUAUAAAUGGAAAGCAGAUCGUAAAAAAUAA